CAACAGUACACUAAAAUUUGGUGUACAAAAAACCCUUACACGUACCUCAGGUGCAAGGCAAUGACGUGUGGCACCUGCAGGCAGCUGUGCUCAUUCCCGUGACGUCACGAGACAGUCCCAUGUUUAAACUACGCUGGAGGGCAGGUAGUGAAGCUCCGUUUGGUGAAACACCGUACAAGAAGACAAAAGCCGUUUUCUUCUGCUAUAUGUGUAAUAGGGAAAUUGCUGAUUCGCUCUGAAUGUGGAACGAAAGCGCCGAGCGUCCGAUUAGUUUGCAGGAGUGCGCUAAAUACGAGAGAAACCCCGCGGUGAGAACGGCCGCUCCGCUGUAUGCAGUUCAAAGGCAGACGCGAAGACGAAGCCGACGAAAAGCGCUUCUCGCCGCUUGCAAAGAAUCGGAUGUGCGAGCAUUAGACCCACAUCAAUGCAAACGACAUCUUCUGCUGUAUGUUUCCAAAUCGCCAUUGUUGCGCUUUAGCUGCGUGAUACUCAGUGGAGGUUGUGGCUUCCGGUAUUGAAAGGACUAUCUGUCUGAAAUAUAGCAGUGCAUCGACAGAGAGCAAGCGCCUGCUUUUCCCGAUGAACAACGAAAUCUGUUGUUUUACGGGUAAGAACAAACCCAGAGUCUCGUAGCAUAAUUGAUUUGACACACCUGGGGGAGCCUACACAAGAAUACAAUAAGGAGAGCGUCCCGUUUGGAAAAAGCACUGCCUGCGAUUGGAGUACAACAUCGGCGAGCCUGAACUCAUUUAUGUCUGUCAGUCCUUCUGUAUAAAAAUACAUACACACACAUAUAGAGAGAGAAAGAGACAGAUCGAUAGAUAGAUCUCCACACUAAGGCACGCAUACACGUGCUGUAAAUAAUACAAUAAGACAUUUAAGUUAAUUUUAUUUCAUGGGGAUGUGUUCACGGCAAGAGAGAAUACAAAAAGACGUCGACAUUGUAAUCCAGAGCUGCAAGGCAGAGAAGAACUGCCCUUUUUCUGAUUUUCGAUACUCGGACUCCACGUUCACCUUUACCUGCACAAAAGGCCAGAAAAGAGUUUCCUACUCCGUACAUGUUUCAGAAGACUAUCCAGAUAAUACAUAUGUGUCCAAUUCUGAAAAUGAUGAUGAUGUACUAGUUACCCGGGAUCCCAUUCCUGUUAUUUUUCACAGAAUAACUUCAGAAAUUAGAAUAAACAGUGAUGCCACCAGCUGCCUAUCCAUUAAAACAAAGCUACAAAAUGACAGGACACAGGAUUCAAGACUCAACAGUGCCAUAGAAGAAGAUUCUGAAGGUGACAAUGACUCAGAGGAGUUUUAUUAUGGCGGUCAGGUGAAUUAUGAUGGGGAACUCCAUAAGCAUCUGCAGCUUGAGGCAGACUUGGCAGCAGUGAGGGAAUUAUAUGGUUCUAAUGCGGUAUCUCUCAGGGAAUAUGGUGCAAUUGAUGAUGUAGAUAUCGAUUUACACAUCGAUGUUAGCUUUCUCGAUGAAGAAAUUGCUGUUGCAUGGGAUGUUAUUCGUAAGGAACCUGUAAUUGUGAGGCUGCAUUGUUCUCUUACACAGUAUUUAAAUGGACCCGUUCCUACAGUUGAUGUGUUCCAGGUUUCUACAAAGGACAGAUUUGGCCUUGGACAUCAGUUAAAAAAGAUAAUGCAAACAUUUGUUACUCAGCAAUGGAAAAAUCAGAGUAAAGAAAAAUUAGUCUGCCCAUAUAGCAAAAAACUUCCGGAGAAGAAGGUCAAAUCCCCCCUGCAUAUCUUUUCUACAUUGCGCAGAUCUCCUAGUUAUCCCCCACCUGGCAGUGGAAAGAGCAAAACAAAACUUAAACCUGACCAAGAUGGAAUGACAAAAUCCCACAAACUCUUACGGAGAACUUGUUCUAGUGCAGUCAAGACAGAGGAUGGGUGCAUGAACAAGUCUCAUAAACCACUUGGACGUUCUUUAUCCAGUGACCCAAGGGCUGAACAGACAUUGGCUUUGAAAUCCCAUAAACUCUUGAACCGGACCUGUUCUCCUUCUGUAAAGCAGGAUGAUUGUGCCUCUUUAAAGCCCCAUAAACUGUUAUCCAGGUCAUGUUCUGGUGAUCCUAGAUGCGAGCACAAUAACAAUAGCACCCUGAAGCCCCACAAGCUCUUGAGCAGGUCUUGUUCUAGCACUAUACGCACAGAGGAGCUUGAUGGCUUGAAGCAUCAUAAAUUGUUAAGUCGGUCCUACUCGAGCAAUACCAAAGUGGGGAAAGCUGAGCCCUUCAAGGAGCAUGAUUCUGAGGGCAGGCGACUCUCUCUUACCUCAGGGCUUAUUGGCAUCCUUACACCUUCUAUAUCCUACCAGCCUGUUCAAAAUGACACCUCCAAGUCAGUUCCAGCAAGUGAGCAUGGUUUUCUUGUUCAGACUGUUCAGUAUGCAGAGCAGAGAAUCCCUAUUCUCAAUGAGUACUGCGUUGUUUGUGAUGAGCCCCAUGUGUUCCAGAAUGGACCAAUGCUAAGACCUACAGUUUGUGAACGUGAGCUGUGUGUCUUCGCAUUUCAGACAUUGGGUGUAAUGAAUGAAGCCGCUGAUGAAAUUGCUACAGGAGCCCAGGUUGUAGAUUUAUUAGUUUCCAUGUGUAGGUCAGCACUAGAGUCUCCAAGGAAAGUUGUUAUUUUUGAGCCAUAUCCUUCAGUAGUUGAUCCUAAUGAUUCACAGUCUCUUGCCUUUAAUCCAAGGAAAAAGGACUAUGACAGAGUAAUGAGAGCCCUGGACAGCCUUACAUCCAUUAGAGAAAUGACCCAGGCACCUUAUUUGGAAAUUAAAAAACAGAUGGAUAAAGUUGAUUCACUGGCUCAUCCACUUUUACAGUGGAUCAUUUCAAGUAACCGGUCACACAUUGUAAAGUUACCAGCAAACAGACAACUGAAGUUCAUGCACACCCCUCAUCAAUUUCUUCUGCUAAGCAGUCCACCUGCCAAAGAAUCCAACUUUAGAGCUGCCAAAAAACUCUUUGGAAGUACAUUUGCUUUUCAUGGUUCACAUAUCGAAAACUGGCAUUCUAUAUUGAGGAAUGGUUUAGUUGUAGCAUCUAACACCAGACUUCAGCUCCAUGGUGCCAUCUAUGGAAAUGGAAUAUAUCUAAGCCCUUUGUCCAGUAUUUCCUUUGGUUACUCAGGGAUGAACAAAAAGCAGCAAAAAGUGGCAUCUAAGGAUGAAGUGACUUCGAGCAACAGAACCAAUGCUUCUGUGCAGUUGCAGAAAAAAGGAUUCCAACCACAAUUUUUGCAAAGUCGCAAUUUGAAGUGCAUAGCCUUAUGUGAAGUUAUUACUUCUCCUGAUCUGCACAAACAUGGUGAUAUAUGGGUAGUUCCUAAUACAGAUCAUGUCUGCACAAGGUUUUUCUUUGUGUACGAGGAUGGUCAAGUUGGAGAUACAAGCAUAAAUACCCAGGAUUUCAGCAUCCAUAAGGAAAUACUCCGAGUUAUAGGAAAUCAGACUGCCACUGGAUGAGCAAAAAUAUGAGUGAUUAGUAAUAGGAAAAUAGGAAAUGGCAUAUUAUUAGUGAUGCCUAAAUAGGUUUCUUCAGUCUCAGAGCUGGAAUUUGAGCUGGUAAAUUAAUCAUUUUUAAGAUCCAAUACACUAUUAAGUAUCUAAAUAUAUUUAGAAAUCCCACAAGGGUUACAAGGUUUCUAUCCCAAGUACUUUUAAUGUUGUUAUAUUUUAAAUUAUAACACUUUGUUAUUAGACAGUAGAGUCAUGUGAACAUUGAGUUGAAGAAAGAGGGGAAAAACAACUAUGGUAAUUUCUUCACUAGCUUAAUGAUGGCUGAAUUUAAGUAUUCUUCCCACCUUUAUUGAAAAGUAACUAAAUAAUAAGUUAAUUUUUAAACACUGAGCCUAAAAAUGCAAGUUUUUUGGUCUUUAUGUCUACAGUUACCUGCAGGAAUGGGCACCUCUCUAGCACAAUCCCUUGAUAAGUAUUUUGCAUUUCUUGUUGAAAGAGCAGUACACUUUGUAUCUUAAAAUGCUGAGGUCCCCACUGGCCACUGAGUGAUUGUGGGUGUGUUCUUGAGUGGGCCCAGUGAUGGAGUGCCACCCUGCCUAGGGCUGGCAACAUAGGCAACGGCUCUCUGUAAUCCCAAAAUAGAAGCAGGUUUGAGAAUGUUAUGACUCUAAAAAUCCAAAAAGUUUACAGUUUUGUAUUUAAAUUUUGACAGUUUUUUCAAUUUCCAGAAAUAACAAAUACAUUUAAAGACAGAAGAUAUUGCAUCAUCUCUAGUAAUAUGCAUUGUUGUGAACUUUUCCACAGUAUUGAGGGUGAAACCCAUUAUAUUCAAUUUUUCAUAGUAUGGAAAAUUAACAUUUUGUUGACACUUAAUAGUGAAACCAGCUGUGUCUCCUAUGAAAUUUGUUUACUUAAGAGUGAGCAUCAUUUCUGCAUUGUAUAGUUGUAAUACUAUAGUGACUGAGGACAUUUUUAAUAUUCCUUAGGUUGCUGUUGUAUCUGCUCAAAUGCAAGUACAAACUAUGGCUAUGUUGACCCUACUUCAUUUUCAUUUAAAAGCAAUCUCCAUCCAUACCAGCAUUUUCACAUCGUUUACGAAAGUGUCUCCAUCCACACUAAAAUGACCAAAAAUACAUACGACAUAGAUGUCUGCUUACACUGGGCACGACUGCAUUUGCAAAAAAAAUCCUUGAAGGGGUGGUAACACUGCCAGCCACGGGAUUGAUCACCAAACUGUAGAAGCCAGUAAAUUAUUUGUCUUUUGUGCAUGUAAUGCAACAUUCAAACUGUACAAAACACAAUUUAGAUUGAUACAGGUAAGCAACACAUCAGACAUCAGAUUGGAAAACAAUCUUCUAUGUCCUCUGUGGUGGAAUACUAAUCAAGAAAUGAGACCUUGUAAUAAGCAGGAUCCAAUUUAGGGAAGGUCAACGUAAUAAGCUUGAACAGAUCAGAGUGUGGUUAGAGUCUACAUUUUUGUAUGUCCAUGUUACAAUGCUCAAGUUGCAUUUUGUACAGCUAUGGAGAGCAUUUCCAAAGGUCCUCAAUUUUUUCAUCUCAACACAGCAGUGUAGCGUGAACGAAAAAGCAGAAACAGAGACAAAUGUCUACAUUUUUAAACAAAAAUGUAGUAGUGUGGAUAGGCCCAAGUUUAUUGUUAAUCGUGCCCCCAAUCACUAAACACUGCAGAGAACUAAACAAAUCACUGGUCUGUAUCUCAGUAUAUUAGGGUUAUGCAAGGUUGAAAAGUAGUAUGUAGAUUUUUAGAACAACAGAUUUACCAAAAAUUGCAUAACUGAAAGACAAAAAUAGGAACCAAAAAUUGGAGUCUUGUCAGUUAAACAGGUAAUAUUAGGCAAUGCAGUAGAAAUUCUUGGAUCAUACCUAAAGUAUUAAGACUCUCACUGGAUGUGUUUUUGAUAGCAGAGUUUACAAUUUCUGUUUCCUCUAAACGAGUCAACCCCCUCAAUUCGAUCAUUUAUUGGAUAUUCAUGACACUCAGUAAUUCUCAAGGGUGCCCGUCAUUUGUGUGUAGGAGGUUUUCAACACUCAAUAUGGGGAGCUCCCCACCCCAAUUUUGUCAUUCAUGUGCCGAUGAUCCAUGAAACUCCAUCACUGGUGCCUCACCACACUAGAUGGUAAGUAUUAGGUCAUAUAUUAUUCAUAUAUGCUCAUUAGUUUUAAAAAAAAUAUAUGUAAUAAAAAUUAGAGUGCACAUUAUUUACAAAUACAAAAUGGAAGCAAUACUAUAUGUUACUGGCCUGGAACAAGUGUGUGGUGACUGUAACUUGUUGACUUUGGCCAUGUCUUUUAUUCUUAAAAGUUAAGUACAGUCUAUUUAUGUUAGGAUGCAAUGAGUUAGGCACCAUAUUAAUCAGUUUUUAAUUCUACAAUUUCUGGACAUGGGUAGUAAAGACAGUUAAGAAUACCUUGAACCCUGUUGAGAGAGUCUCUCCAGGACUGCACCAAUAAAAUCGACAGGCUGUCAGAUGUAAUGUUUGUUUCAUCCCAGCAGUGUAAAACAGUGAUUAAAAUGGUACUAAUAAUAGAUUAAAUGUUAAAAAAAACUUCUAUACACAUCAAAGGAUAUUUGUAGUUAAGUUCUAUACUUGUGCUGCUCAUAGCCUGCGUUUUUGAGUGCCACAAUUAAAAGCAUGGCAGCACUUGAAACUGUGUGCAAAUGAGCUGCCCCAGUGUAUGCCUGAGGUAGGAGACAUGUCCGAGGUGGAACAGUUUUACUCAUCACCAUCUGUUUGUCAAACAAGUUACCCUGUUUAGACUUUCAACUAAAUGCCAAUUCACAAGUGAGCCACAUAAAUCAUAAAUAAAAUAUUAACAGUUGAUAAAUGUAGAGUAACAGGUAAACCAAUUUUAAAUCUCAACUAAAGCAAUUUUUUAUUUUAAUAUAAAUUAUUAUUUUAGCUUAUAAUAAGUCAUUUGCAAAAAAACACAGGCAUGGUGUGUGGGAAUCCUUAAGUCUAGGAAAUACUAGGCAGACAGAUUUGCUGUUUAAUGGCUUUGUUGAACUUUCACCCAAAACGUCAAGAUGUUUUGCAGUAUAGAGCACUGGGUUUUUUGUGUUUUUUUUCCAGAUUUCAGUUCAGCUUUAUUUUCAUAUGUUUACUAUCAGCAAUGCUUUUUUAAUUAUUGUGAUAAUACUAAUAUAUUUCAUUCUUCUCAUCUUUGUGACAUCACAUUAAUGCAGUUUAUUGAUAACAGAUUUAAAGCCAUUAAGCAGCCUGCUUAUUUUUAAAUGUAAAGUAUGUAUAAUAGUUAAAAGCCUUAGAGUUCUGCUCAUACAGUCGCUCCAUUUUAUUCGUAAUUUUGAAGUAGCAUUUUUUGUAAACAUUAUUCACCCAGUCACCAAGAUCCGUAGCUGAUCAUGGCAGCAAUUACAGUCAUGAACAGUGUACAAAUUUUUGACCAGUUAUAAGAUUAACCUGAAACUUGAACUUACCCACUUUACACACAAACGAUGAGUGCCAUUUCAAACAUAUUGUUUAUAGUUUGAAAAUUUUUUUUCUACUUUUGGAUUAGUCAUAUAAGACCUGAAAACUGAAGUUACAAUUUUAUUUACAUUGUAGAGCAUGGAUCACCACUCACGGUUUUGGAGGGCCACACAGUACCUGCAGGUUUUCACUUCAACCAUUAGGACCCAUUUAUUUGCUGAAACAAUGUUUUUCUGGUUUAAUUUUAUCUAACUCCCUUGUUACGAUUCAGAACCCUUAAUUUCCUAUUUUAGUUUUAAGCAGAUGAAUUUAGGUUUGAAUUGUUUCCUACCAUCUUAACCAGCCACCAGUGUAUUAUGAAAUGCAAAUAACAAACUGCCAGCAUUCAGCUAACUUGGUUCCAUUUACAAUUGGGAAUGUGCAUUAUGAAGUACAGUAUCUACAUAACUAAAAUGUUUAGAAAUAAAUGAGAGAGAAAAAAUGGGAGGAACGUGAAGUGUACAUUUGUUUUGGUCCAGGAAACAUGGAUAAUGUUCUCAGAAAAGGAAACUCUGCAAUAAAAAGAAAAUUUGUUUUGGAUGAAGUACUGUUAUCAGCAAGGACCAUCUUCUAAUUAGAAAACUGGUUAGAAUUGAAACCUGCAGCCCUCCAGGACUAUGAGUGAAGAUCCCUGUGCUAAUGUAAUGUUGUGUUCAUGUGCCGUAAACUAUUCGGAACCCUAAGUUGUAACAUUUCACAUUGCCACUUUAUUGCAUUCAUGUGGGGUUUCCAUUUGGGGUAUUUGGAGAAACGCAAGGUUCCUGUCGAUUUGCAACUUGGUCUGUGGAAAACAAGUAGAAAUUAAAGAUAAACACCAUUUUUUGUGGAAAUAAAGAGCAAAAAUAUGUAUUAAAUGUGUAUCAUUACACUCCAAAUUCAGUUAAACCAAAAAUUGACUAAGGCGAAAGGUCAGUGUUAUGUCACAACUUAGACAAUUGUUUUGUCUGAAUUGUCUGACUUGCAGGUUGGUGGGGCACUCGCAUAGAAUUUCUGAUUUGAAAGCUCAUAUUUACCAUCUGAGAGCACAUGAAUGUAGCAUUAGUUUACAUAAGAAUACAGCAGCAUGCAGCAUAAUGUCCAUCUGGGCAGCGUCCAACCGCAUAUACAAUAUGUCAAGUGAUUCCAUAAGAUUAUAAUAAAGUUCAGAAAUCUGAGAACGGGGCAUAGUGAAUGCAACAGCUUUCUGCACACAACACAUGCAUACCAUGUAUGCAUGUAUACAAAUUGAGUGCGCUGCUAGUACUGUACUGAACUUUCAUUUGUUAUUUUAAUGUGAAUUUUCCAUACUUACAAAUAAAAACCAUGCAACAGUGUACGCUUCCACUCAUUGGCAGCAGCACCCCAUCAUGUGUAUCUUGCAUCUCUUGUGUCGUUCUCGCUCUCUAUUUAGCUUUGCACACAUUUCCUGCCCUUACACACCACUGUAAUAUUUACAUGUAACUGUCAUUUCACUAGCACUUCUGAAUACCUGCCUCAAUCUCUCAUUUGGGUAUAAAGAGUGAAUAAUGUGACUCUGGUUUUUGUUUUACUGUUUCAUAAAAAUGAACACUUUUGGAACAGCCAUGAAAAUGUAACAUGAACUUGAAACAAAAUCACUUACCACACAGUUCAAGCAACAAGCCAGCUGCAGCAAUUUGAAUUGUCAUGCUGAUUUUGUUUUGGCAGUUUUCCACGUUAGAUUGCUUACUUGAAGACAAGAAAAUGCAAAGCCAACUUUUCAGGUUUUUAUAAAUAUUUUUGGAAUAUAAAGGUUGAGAGUUAUUUUUCCCAAUAAUGCUCUAAACAUACACUGUUUAUAUGUACAAACAUUAUAUUUGCUCAUUUGAUUUGAUUCUGCAUAAAAACAAGGAGGUGUUCUCACCUGCAGCUAACUGGGAAAUAUUUAAAAUAGGAAAAUGUAUUUAUAAUGAAAAUGUGUCGCACCAAAAUCACAUGACUGACCUUGUUUGUCAGUAGGACUAGUCAAGUAGCCUAGUAUGUGACUCUGCAUUCAGUUUGUAUCUGUAUAAAUAUUGAAGUCACUGCUAUUUAAUGAAUUGCACGUGUCUCCCCUCACGAUGCACCAAUCAGAAAGGCUCACAGCAAGCAGACUUCAGGGCAGAAUAAUCAUUUUGAGUAAACUUAUUCCAUUUCAGAGUACCGCCUCAAGGAAAAGAGGAUCUCCUAAAAUACUUUUUUAGGAAUGAACAGUGCUGAUUUACAUAUUUGUAUUUAUGACAAGAGUUUGGCCACAGCUUAAUAUUUAAAAAGUGACAAAACACAGAAUGGCAAUAACGUUAAUUCUUAAUGUGAAGAUAAAGUUUUUUUGUUUUUGUGGGGUUUUUUUUGUAUUUUAUUUUGGUGUUUACCACAAGUAAAAUUUUUACCCACGACUUUGUGAUGCAUUUUUGGCCUUUUACUUCCGCAUAAUUUGAGUGAAAAUCAGAACACACGGUCCAUUAUUCGAUUACACGAUACUUGUAUAAGUGACUUCAGCAGCAGAGAGCCAAAUGCUUUCUUUGUCUGGAUUUCUCAUGUUGUGUGCUUGGACUGUCAUGAUAGUGGUGUCCAUGAAGGGCACUUGUUAAAAUAAAGUUUAGAUCCUCUUUGAUUGAAGUGGUUUGUUGGUGUGCCUGCAUUCAUCUGGUUUUGUAGUUUUAGCUGUUUCAUUUGAAAUUGGUUUCCAAUACUAAAAUGUCAACUGUGUUUUUUUUUUGUUUUUGUUUUUUUUUUGUACCUUUUGCACAGAAUAGUAACAAUAAAAUAAAAUGCUACUUAGCCUUUGGUGCCUUAGAAACAGAGUAUUGGAAAAAAUGAAAGUACUGUACAUAAUGUAAAUACUGCCACAAAAAUGGAGGCCAAAUAUUUUCAGUAUUCGGUUUUUACAGCUGUUUGCUUUCUUUUGCAAUCAAAUCUGGUUUUUUUCUGGCUUUUUACUAGUGAUGGAAAUAGAAGCUUAUGUAAAGGUUUUCUUUCAAUAAACUGAAGUUUGUUAAAGAACAAAA